AUGCACAAUCAAUACAAGCCUGUUCCUGACCCUGAAUAUCUGUGUCCAUUUAUCGACAAGUAUUGGAACCAGAGGAAGUCAGACAAGUUUAUCCUGGAAGCAUUGAAGAAACACCAUAUUGAUUUAUCGAAGUACGGACUUGAGAUCCAGACAUUCCGCCGCAUCAGAGAGAAACUCGGAUACAUUAGAGCACGCAAGCAGGGUCAUACAGUCGAAUCAAUUGCAGAACCAGUGGCCAAGCUUCGUGUUAUCUAUCCCAAGGCUGGUGGUAGGGAGAUGGGCAAUCUUCUCUUUCAUGAAGAGAAUAUUGUUGUUGCACGGGACACAAUCAUGAAGUACUUCCGGAUUUAUGAGCCUGAUCUUGUCCGAGAACGACGACGUGGACAUUUCAAGCGCAAGGCCUUCUGGUCUGCUGGUGCAAACGAUAUCUGGGCCGUUGAUCAGCACGACAAAUGGAAGUACAAAUUCGGACUUGCCCUCCACACUGGUAUUGAUCCCUUCCUUGGUCUCAUUCAUUGGAUCAGAAUUUGGUGGAAUAAUAGUAACCCGCGCCUCAUUUUAAGCUACUACCUCAAUGUAAUCGAGGAUCUUGGCAUUAUGCCUCUAGUGACACAAAGCGACCCAGGGCCUGAGAACGUUGGCAUUGCCAACGGUCACACUCAAAUGCGACAUUAUCAAGACGCUUCACUCGUAGGCACAUCACAGCAUAGGUGGAUGAGGGAGAAGAAGAAUGUGAUGCCGGAGAUUGCCUGGAGUCAACUUCGUCGCAGGUUCACUCCGGGAUUUGAGAAUAUCCUGGAGGUCGGCGUAUUUGAGGGUUGGUAUGACCCCGGCGUGUUGAUUGAAGCACUCGUGUUUCGCUGGGUCUUUAUCCCGUGGUUGCAGGCCGAGCUGGAUUUUUACCGAAAUCGUGUAAACAAUACCACAAAGCGUCACGAUCGGAACAAGAUCCUUCCCUCCGGAGUUCCCAUUGACAUGUUUGAGCAUCCAGAAGAUUAUGGUAUCUUAGAUUUCAAGAUCAAGGCUGAUCCAGAAGGUGUACGCAAAGUCCGGAAUAUCUAUGCUUCACCACAGCAUGAGAUAUUUCAACUUGUCCCUCCAGAUUUUGAGGUGAUAAUCUCCGACCUUUACACGGAGAUUGGAUCACCAGCAGUCGAUCGCAACUCAUGCUGGGAGGUUUAUUUACAGCUUAUUGCAAAGUUCAAGGCCCUCGACAAGCUUCACAGUGUUGAUCAGACGGUAGACGACAGGUGGGGUUAUGCUCUGAGCCAUGCAGCGGAAGAGUACAGGGACGAGAUUGCACCCUUACCUAACCUGAAGGAGCUUCAUGGUGGUGAUGGUAUCAUUGGACAGAACGUAUAUAUGGGCGGGGUAAAUAACGGCGACGGAUUGGGGCCCGAGCAUCAUGCCCGAUUGAAUGCAAUUCUUGACGAGAUUGAGCCGAACUUUGGUCCCGAUGAGUCACAAGCUGUUGGUCCCGAUCUGUACGCAUGGUUCUCGGAUGAGGAAGACUCCCGCGAAAAUGAUUGGUGA